CUUUAUAGGCAAAACAAAAGCAAGUGGGAAAAUUCAUUGCUGGUCUUCAACCCAAAAAAAAAGUUCAUAAGUUCACUCAGCCUUGCUAGGGAAACUUAAAAUCUCUUAUUGUUGCUCCCAUUCUCUAAGUCUGCAACACUCUCUGGUACGCAUCGCUUAACAAGCUAGUAAGUUACCGAUUGCUUCCAUGGCCACUCAAGCAACUUCCUCCACCCCCUCUUCAACUUCUUCAUCAUCUUUUUCUUUUUCUUCUUGCCCUCCAUGGAAAUACCACGUGUUCCUUAGUUUUUGUGGUGUUGACACCCGAAAGAAUUUCACAGACCAUCUUUAUACUGCUUUGAAACAAAAGGGUAUUAUUACUUUCCGGGAUGAUGAAAAACUUGAGCGAGGAAAAUAUAUUUCUCAAGAGCUCUUAAAAGCAAUAGAGGAGUCCAAAUAUGCUAUUAUUGUUCUCUCAACAAACUAUACUUCUUCAAGGUGGUGCUUAAUUGAACUAGCAAAAAUUGUUAAAUGCAAGAAGGAGACUGGAUUGACAGUUUUGCCUGUCUUUUAUCAUGUGGAUCCCUCUGAUGUAAGGAACCAGAAUGGCAUUCUUGCUGAAGUCUUUGCUAAACAUGAGAAAGAUACCAGGAUUAGCACAGAAGAUGUGCAAGCAUGGAAAGCUGCUUUGAAAGACGUGGGUGAUAUAUCUGGAUGGCAUUUGCAUGAUAGGCAUGAAUCAAAAAUUAUACAAACAAUCAUUGGAAGGAUAUUUAGUGAGCUAUUUCACAAACUCCCAUGUGUUUCCGAGGACCUAGUUGGAAUGGACUCCUGUGUGGAGGAAAUGUUGGAUUCAUACAUAGGUGAAGGGUUGGGUGGUGUUCGCUUUGUUGGGAUAUGCGGGAUGGGUGGAAUGGGCAAAACAACCCUUGCACAUGAAAUUUAUAGAAGAAUUUCUGGUAAUUUUGAAGGUAGAAGCUUUAUUGUUAAUAUUAGAGAAGAAACUAAAAAUCAAGGUCUAGUUUCUUUACAAAAACAACUUCUUUCUCAGAUCCUCAUGGAAAGUGAAAUAAAUAUAUGGGAUGUUUGGGGGGGAAUCAAUGUUAUAAGGAAUAUACUACGUAAUAAAAAUGUUUUUAUUAUUCUUGAUGAUGUGGAUGGAGAUGAACAACUAAAAGCAUUGGCAGGGAAGCAUGAUUGGUUUGGUCCUGGAAGUAGAAUCAUUGUAACAAGCAGAGAUAGCCAUUUGUUGAUAAGAUGCGGUGUGGAUGAUGUAUAUAACAUUACGGGGUUGAAUGAUGAUGAAGCUUUGGAGCUUUUUAGUUGGAGUGCUUUUAAGAAACCCCAUCCUGAAGAAAAUUUUGUGGAUUUGUCUAAGGACUUUGUGAAUUAUGCUAAAGGCCUUCCUUUAGCUCUUAAAGUUUUAGGUUCUUUGUUGUUUUCUAAAAGAACGAAUGAAUGGAAAAGUGCCCUUUAUAAACUAAAAAAAGAACCUAAUAGAAACAUUUUGGAUAUACUUCAAAUAAGUUUUGAUGGGCUUACAAAUUCGGAGAAAGGAUUGUUUCUAGAUAUUGCAUGUUUUUUCAAAGGAGAGAACAAAGAUUGCAUAGGAGAUAUAUUUGGAAGUUUUUAUAAUUCUCUAGACUACGAUAUUGGUGUUCUUAAGGACAAAUCUCUCAUAACCAUUUAUUACAAUGGAACUUUGUGGAUGCAUGAUUUGCUACAAGAUAUGGGUCAAGAAAUCGUUCGUCGUGAAUCUCCUAAAGAACCUGGUGGACGUAGUAGGUUGUGGAUUUAUGAUGAUGUCAUUCAUGUAUUGAAAAAUGAUUCUGGAACAGAGAAAGUUGAAGGCAUAAUGGUAAACAUACCUAUUCAAAAAGUGGAACACCUGAGUGCUGAAGCCUUCUCAAAAAUGAAAAAUUUGAGAUUGCUUAAAAUUAGUAGUGAGAAACUUUCAGAAGUCUUCAUAAAUGGUACUAUGCAACUUCCAAAAGACCUCAUUAGAGGUAAGGUGCAACUUCCACAAGGCCUCAAUUAUCUUUCUAAUGAGUUACGUCUUCUCGAAUGGCAUGGAUAUCAUUUAAAAUGUUUACCAACCAAUUUCCAACUAAACAAACUUGUUGAAUUGAGAAUGCAUUCUAGUAGCAUCAAACAACUAUGGAAUGGAAACAUGAAUUUAGGCGAGUUAAGACUCAUUGACCUAAGUGACUCUCAAAACUUGAUUGAGAUGCCAGACCUUAGUGGAGCCUCGAAGCUUAAGCAAUUGAUUUUUCGACAUUGUACAAGACUAUAUAAGAUUCACACAUCUCUUGGAGAUCUCAAACAACUUAUUCAAUUGGAUUUGAAUGGUUGCAAAUGUCUCGAAAGCCUUCCUGACAAGAUCAACUUGGAAGCACUUGAAAUUUUGGAUCUUGGUGGUUGUUCAAGAUUGAAGAAAUUUCCAGAAAUUGUAGGAAACAUGUCACGUUUGCCGAAACUCUGUUUGAGUGAGACAGCUAUAAAAGAUCUACCAUUAUCAGUGGAGCAUUUAACUGGCCUUAUUGAAUUGGAUCUAAGAGACUGUAAAAACCUUUCAAGUCUUUCAAAUGCAUGUUGUUGCUUGAUGUCUCUAAAAAUUCUCACUUUAUCUGGCUGCUCAAAACUUGAUGAAUUACCAGAGAAUUUGGGUAAUAUCGAAGGCCUGGAAAAUCUAGAUGUGAGUGGAACUGCUAUAACAAGGCUACCUUUAUCUGUUGUUCACUUAAAAAAUCUCAAACUACUAUCUCUAAGUAGAUGUGUGGGGUCAUCUAAAUCAUUCAAUAAGCUCCUGAAUUUUCCUUUAAUGCAACGAAAAAGAAGUCCUGAUCCCAUGAGCAUGUUAGAGUGUUCUCUACAAGGCUUAUGGUCUUUGACGGAACUGGAUUUAAGUUAUUGCAAUAUUCAAAUGAUUCCUAAUGUUCUGGGGUCCUUGUCAUCUUUAAGAGAAUUAAAUCUAAAAGGAAAUAAUUUUGUUUGCCUUCCUGAAAGUAUCAUUCAACUAUCUAAUUUGACAAACCUUUAUUUGGGUGGUUGCACUCAACUUCAAAUGUUGCCUAAGCUUCCAUUAAAUAUGUAUUUUAUCGAUGCAACAGGAUGUACCUCACUGGAAACAUUAUCAUUAAGUCCAGAUAAUGGUUUUUCGCAGAAUAUAAAUCUUGUCAAUUGCGUCAAAUUGAUUUAUAAUCAAGGCAAAGGUGACCUGUGGUCAGCAAUUCUAAGACAGAAUAUCAUUGAGAGAUGCUGUAACCAGAAAUGGUACACAUGUUUCACAAUUCCUGGAAGUGAAAUUCCGAAUUGGUUUAGGCACCAAAAUGUGGGGGCUUCAGUGAAUCUGCAAGUGCCUUCACAUUUAUUAUUAAGUGGCACACUUAUGGGAAUCGCAGUGUGCGCUGUUGAAGCCAACGGAGAUCGAUCUUCCUACGUGUGGCUUCCUUUAUCGGAGGAAUUUGGUAAGAUUGAAUCGUAUCAUCUUUGGCUCGACUGUUUUCCCUUUGAAACACACUUCGGAAGCUACCGCAUAGAAGAAUUGGAUGCUAAUGAAUUCACCCAAAUUGAGCUUACAUUUGAAGCCUACGGUCCAGACUUGGAGGUUACGAAAUGUGGAGCCCGUUUGAUUUUCGAGCAAGACAUUGAAGAUCUCAAACAAACUAAGCCUGGGUCUAGCAGCAGUAUUAUCACUCCUUAUCAUGAGGAUGAUGAUUUAGGGGGCGAUCCAAAGAAAGAUAGCAAAAUCAAGGAAAGCGGUGAUGAUGAAGCACCACACCCAAAGUGGACAGAGCACCCUAAUCUAAUUGAAAACUGGAUUGGGAAUUCAUGCAUACAAGGACAAGCUGACUCUGAUUGUGUGUGAGGAAAGAGGAAUCCCAGUGAAAGUGGGACCUUUUUCUCCCUUUGAUUUUUUUUGUACAAGCAUCUACAUACGAUUCUGGACAAUUUGGAAUUAGAAACUUCUCAUCAUCUUAUUUGUCAUUUAGAAACCAAUAGCAGAUGAAGAGGCUACACAAUGAUCGUACUACCACCAGAGCACUGGGUUUGGUGCUGACUACAACGACCACUACACUGUCUUUGAGUGUCUGUGGAGUUGAUGCUGAUGAUGAUGGAGUGGAACUGGGUUUGGUGCAAUUUCUGUUUGGCUACAAGGAAACUUGAGGUUAAUUAAAAUGAAAACGGUACCGGUUGGUGCUAUGCCGAAAAGCUUUGGAGGAGAAUAUUGUUGUUUAUUUGGGGACAGGUUGUGGGAUGGCCACAUUGCUGUACUGCUUAUAGAUGAGCUGGGUCACUUGGUAAGGAAGCCCCAGAAGAGCAUAUGCGCCAUCCUUGCCCCUGUGGUGGCCCUGGUUCAGCAGAUCAUGCUCAUGUAACUGGUUUGAUGCCUGUGAAUUGACUAUUUAUCUUCUGGACAUAAAGAGGACUUGCUGAUGACUAUGCAGAAAUGGUGGUUGGUUCUGCUUCUGCUGAUGACUGUACUGUUGAGCCUUUGACAAGUUUAUUUGCUAAGGGGGGAAAGAGGCUUUUCACAAGAUGUAUUCCGAUUGAAGCUACUGUUGAUAAUGUGCAGUUGUAUUUCAGUCAAUUUGGCUAUGUUUUGGAUGUGUAUCUUGCCAAGGUAAAAGUAGCUGAUUUUUAUCUAGUUUAAUUGAGAAUGUGUGGAUGGUUAGCUAAUGAAAAUUUUACUGCAUCUUUUUUCUUGAUAACAAUUUUUUAAAUGCUUCAUAUGUGAUAAAUGUAUUGUUGAACCAGCUUGGGUUUGUUCAAGGUUUUAAAAUGGGCUUGCUUGCAGAGCAAUAAUUUUA